AUGAUGGCUAAGAAGCCCCCAACACCAGCCCCUCGCAGGAUCUUCCAAGAAAGGUUAAAGAUUACUGCUCUACCUUUGUACUUUGAAGGGUUUUUGUUAGUCAAGAGGUCAGAAUACCAGGAGUAUAAACAUUAUUGGACAGAGUUGAGAGGAACUACACUUUUCUUUUAUUCUGACAAAAAAAGUCCAACAUAUGUUGACAAGUUAGACCUAAUAGACCUCACAUGCCUUACUGACCAGAAUUCAAUUGAAAAGAAUUGUGCAAAAUUCACCCUUGUUUUGCCAAAAGAGGAAGUGCAACUGAAGACAGAGAACGCAGAAAGUGGGGAAGAAUGGAGAGGCUUCAUUCUUACAGUAACAGAGCUGUCAGUUCCCCUACACGUGUCCCUCCUCCCUGGGCAAGUAAUUCGACUGCAUGAAGUCCUAGAGAGAGAGAAAAAAAGGAGGAUUGAGAUAGAACGGACCCCGAGCUCAGCUAUGGAAAAGGAACCGAUUGAAGAUUAUGCAGAUGUACUGAGUCCUAUGCCAGCAUGUUUUUAUACUGUGUCCCGGAAAGAAGCAACUGAGAUGCUUGAGAAGAACCCUUCUUUGGGAAAUAUGAUCCUGAGACCUGGUAGUGAUAGUAAAAGCUACUCCAUCACUAUCCGGCAGGAGAUAGAUAUGCCAAGAAUCAAGCACUACAAAGUGAUAAGUGUAGGAAAAAACUACACUAUUGAACUGGAAAAACCUGUAACACUCCCAAACCUUUUCAGUGUCAUUGAUUAUUUCAUGAAGGAGACUCGAGGAAAUUUACGACCAUUUAUAUAUUCAACUGAUGAAACCCUUGAUUAUGAGGUAAAACAACUUUGUUUGGCUACCUGCAUCAGGGCAUAUCUGAAAAGUCUGACUAAGUUUAAAAAGCCAGCAACUUUAAACGUCCAAGGUUGA